UCGGAGAAUACAACCGGCAUCACCUGUCGCAGCCAGCUGUUUUCAUUGAAGAAGCGUUUUUAAUAAACAAAUGAAAAUAAAUAAAUAAAUAUUCGAAGAACCAUGAGCUGAAAAAGUGUUUACAUCAAUUCAUUUCUAUUGUUUCUUGAGGGCAUUCAUAUUAAUGUUAUGACGACUCUAUAAUGCCUUAAAGCAGGGGCCUAAUGAUAUUUUCCUCUACCCAGGUGUCGAAAACUAAUAAAAAUGCAGCAUUUGUCCAUGUACUUUCUGGUCAUAAGUGCCUUCGCUACAGUUUUAUAUAUUUUACUGCAAAGCCCAUCCUGGGGAUCUGAUGAAGGCCCACUGACUACACCUCAGCAAAUGCAUAACGGAAAGAGCCCUCUUCAUAUUGUAGUGGUCUCGUGCGGUCAACGAGUGCAGGAAACUCUAGUUAUGAUCAAAUCGGCUCUUCUAUUCAAUAUAAAUGAAGAAUAUCUUAAAUUUGUUAUAUUCACUGAGAAUAGCGUUACGGAUGAAUUCCGAGAGAAACUGACAGACUGGAAGGAUCUGCUGCCGUACGCGUUCGAUUUCGAACUAUUGCAGUUGAAAUUUCCCAGUCAAAAUGAAGUUGAAUGGAAAAAUCUAUUUAAACCCUGUGCUGCUCAACGUCUGUUUUUACCGUCCUUACUAACAAAUGUGGAUUCCUUGCUAUAUGUCGAUACGGAUGUUCUGUUUUUGUCACCGAUCUCUGAUUUAUGGACAUUCUUUAAGAAAUUCAAUGAAACUCAAAUGGCUGCCCUGACUCCGGAACAUGAGAGUGAGAAUAUUGGCUGGUAUAAUCGUUUUGCACGUCAUCCAUUUUAUGGUAAACUCGGUGUAAAUUCCGGGGUAAUGCUAAUGAAUCUCACACGCAUGCGUGAAUUUAAUUGGGAAAAGCAAAUCCUGCCCAUCCACAAAGAAUACAAAUUACGUAUUACGUGGGGAGAUCAGGAUAUUAUUAAUAUACUUUUUUACUACCAUCCUGAUAAGCUUUAUGUGAUGCCUUGUGAAUAUAACUACCGACCAGAUCACUGCAUGUAUAUGAGUGUUUGUAGCACUUCGCACUUAGGUAUUAAGUUAAUCCAUGGUAAUAGAGGAUAUUUUCACUUUGAUAAGCAACCACUUUUCAAAAUCGUUUAUGAGAUCAUUGAAAGCUAUCCGCUUGGGUCAAAUCCGCAUACAAACUUUCUGUUACCCCUACGCAGAGCACUUAAUCAAAAAUCAGUUAACGAUUCCAGUUGUGGAAAGAUCUCCAGUGACGUUUUGAAAAUAUCAAGCACUCUAUUUGACGAUUUAUCUGAAGGUUUGUAUAAAGAUGAUCGUUGAUAAAUAAUGUACUUACAUGAUUGUGUAACAUAAGCAGACGAAUAAAAUUUUUAUGUACUAUAAAUAAUUUAAAUUUAGGUCGAAUUAAAUUGUAAUUAAAACCACUCAUCUUCAGACACUUGAAGUUUUUAAACUUUA